GUUUUUUCCACUGUGGAAGUUUUAUUUUAUAUUUUUUAUUUGUAUUUUUUUUGUGUUUAUUUUUGUUGGUUAAACAAGUGUUGAGAAAGUUUUCAAUGCAAAUACGGAAAAUUUGCUAGAAAGUGAGGCAAUUAAAACUAAAAGCAAGCAAUAAAACAAAAGUGCAACUGCACACGACAAGCAGUAACCACCACAAGCAGUGCUCGUAAUCACAAGCAAGCAGUAACACAAAAUGCUCUUCAACAAGUGCCUUGAGAAAUUGUCCAGCUCGCUGGGCAAUGUUGUUAAUCACAAACUGCACGAGAAGCAGGUCUACAACAACAACAAUAACAAUAACAGUAUUAACGACAACAACAACAAUAAUAACAAUGAGUACAACAAACAGCGCAAUUUUGAAUAUGAGCGCGCAAUACAAGCGCAUUAUGGCAGCGGUAAAAAAGGACGAAGCAACAGUCAUCCAAAGUCCAAAUCCAGCAAGAGUCAAAAGGCAAAGUCAACAACAGCAGCAACAACAAACACAACAACAACAACAACAAUUGAUGAUCGCCAGCUCAAAAAUUGUAUGAGCAAUGAUGAGCUGGCAAUGAUCAUCAGAGGCGUUGCCCACAACAACAACAACAACAACAGCAGCAACAGCAACAACAAUAGAAGACGCCCGUUAUCAACGACUGCUUCCUCUAGCAGCUCCUCAACGGAGUCACUGCAUCUGCCAUCUGCACCUGCCUCACCACGAGGCAGCAACAGCAGCAGCAGCUGCAGCUUCAGCAGCGCCAUCGAUUCAUCCGCCGCCUCCUAUCCUGUCACGCCCACCUCGUGGUCAGCAUCGCCGCCAAGUUUUACACGCAAUUUUGGCGGCUCAAGCGGCACACUGGCGCUCCUAGCGGCGAUGCGUGUACAACUUUACGGCUUUAAAUGGUUUCAUGGCAAUCUUUCUGGCAAGGAAGCUGAAAAAUUGAUAUUGGAGCGUGGCAAGAAUGGUUCGUUUCUUGUGCGUGAAUCUCAAAGUAAACCUGGUGAUUUUGUGCUUUCCGUGCGCACAGAACACAAUGUGACGCAUGUCAUGAUUAGAUGGCAGGAUAAAAAGUACGACGUGGGCGGUGGAGAAUCGUUUGCCACUUUAUCGGAACUGAUCGAGCACUACAAACGCAACCCAAUGGUGGAGACCUGUGGCACAGUGGUGCAUCUGCGCCAACCCUUUAAUGCGACGCGGAUAACAGCAGCGGGAAUAAAUGCACGAGUGGAUCAGUUGGUAAAAGGUGGUUUCUGGGAGGAGUUCGAGUCACUGCAGCAGGACAGUCGAGAUACGUUCUCACGUCAUGAGGGCUACAAAGAUGAAAACCGAUUAAAGAAUCGCUAUCGCAACAUAUUGCCCUAUGAUCACACGCGUGUCAAGCUGCAGGAUGUGGAGAGGAGUGCACCAGGUGCCGAGUACAUAAAUGCCAACUAUAUACGCUUACCCACCGAUGGCGAUCUGUACAACAUGAGCAGCUCCUCGGAGAGCCUCAACUCGGUGCAAUCGUGUGCAGCGUGCACGGCGGCGCAGACGCAAAGGAACUGUCCCAACUGCCAGCUGCUGAACAAGACGUGUGUCCAGUGUGCGGUCAAGUCGGCCACGUUGCCCUACAGCAACUGUGCGACCUGUGGCCGCAAAUCCGAUUCGCUGAGCAAGCAUAAGCGGAGUGAAUCCGCGUCGGGAUCUGGCACAGGUCCUGGCACGCCCACAGCGAGUGGCUCGACAUCGACAUCGACAAGCGCCUCCCUAAAUGGCUGUCUCGCCGUCCUGCUGAAGAAGCACUGCGGCGAUGCCUCUCCCCCGCCAACGUCUGGCCUGUCCAGCACCAGCACCAACACCAACAGCAGCACCAGCACCAACACAACAACAACAGUGUCCGGCUCGCUGCUGAGUGUGGAGCGGGAUAUGUUCAAGACAUACAUUGCGACACAGGGCUGUUUGGCCAACACAAAGACGGACUUUUGGAACAUGAUCUGGCAGGAGAACACUCGGGUCAUUGUCAUGACAACGAAGGAGAUUGAGCGCGGCAAGACCAAAUGCGAACGCUACUGGCCGGAUGAGGGGCAGUGCAAGCAGUUUGGCCAUGCCAAGGUGCAGUGCAUCAAGGAGAACUCCACCAAUGAUUAUACACUGAGAGAGUUUCUAUUCUCGUGGCGCGACAAACCCGAACGUCGCAUUUAUCAUUAUCAUUUCCAAGUGUGGCCCGAUCACGGUGUUCCCGCCGAUCCUGGCUGCGUUCUCAACUUCCUGCAGGAUGUCAACACCAAACAGAGCACCCUGGCCCAGGCAGGCGAGAAACCAGGUCCCAUUUGUGUGCACUGCUCGGCGGGCAUUGGCCGCACGGGUACAUUUAUUGUCAUUGACAUGAUUCUGGAUCAGAUAGUGCGCAAUGGCUUGGAUACCGAAAUCGAUAUUCAGCGGACAAUUCAAAUGGUGCGCUCUCAACGCUCGGGCAUGGUCCAAACAGAGGCGCAGUAUAAGUUUGUCUAUUACGCCGUGCAGCAUUAUAUACAAACGCUAAUCGCACGCAAGCGGGCCGAGGAGCAGAGUAUACAGGUGGGACGUGAAUACACCAACAUCAAGUACACGGGCGAAAUUGGCAAUGAUUCACAAAGAUCUCCACUACCACCAGCAAUUUCUAAUCUAAAUGUAGCUAGUAAGGCGUCACAAGCAGGGGGAGGGGGAGCGGUAACAGAUCCAUUGGCAGCAAUAAAUGCUGCUAGCGGCAAACAUGUCUCGAAACUGCAGCCACCAUUGCCGCCGUUGGGUGCCAACAACAAUAACAACAGUGGCAACAGCAGCAAUCACUGCAACAACAUCAACGGCAGCAACAGCAGCAGCAACAGCAAUGCCAAUGGCAACGGCAACAUUCUCGGCAACGGCAGCAGCAGCAGCAGCGGCAGCGGCAACAUGCGCAAAUCAAAUUUUUAUAGUGAUUCGUUAGCAGCGUUAAAGCAGCAACAGCAGCAACAACAGCAACAACAGCAACAGCAGCUCAACGAGCAAGCAGCGUCGCAAGCAGUGUCGCAAGCAGCAGGUAAGCAGAAACAGAUCAUGGGCCGGCCGGGAUUACUUAAGUUGCUCACCAGUCCCAUAAUCUUUCAGCCAAAUACAAAAACAUUCCCAAAGACAUGAACAUUUUGAGGCAGCCGCACGUGCCACACGUGUCGCACGCUGCCCAUGCUGCUGCGCCUGCGCUGCCGCCGCCACCGACGCCGCCGCGCAAAACAUGACAAAUGAAUUUCUAAAUCAUAAGCCAAAACAAGCGCAUACACAUGCACAUGCACAUACACAUACCCAUACACACACAGUUGACGCACUUACUCUCACACAGACAGACAGACAGCUAAGGAGAGCGAGCAAAAAUGUAAAGAGUGAGAAAGAAAAAGAGAUGAGGUUAUGUAGAGUUUAUUCUAAGAGUUUAUAACAUACACACACACACACUCUCUCUCUCACAAAUACGCACGCACUUACCUUACAACUGUAACAAACUAAGAGAGCGCAAAACAAGUUUCUAAUUCCUUUUUUUUUUAAUAAUUAAUUCUUUUUUUUUAAUUGUAAAUUGUUGUAUGCACAUUCUUUUAAUUUUGUCUUUUUUUUUGUAAUCGUUUCCUUGCUCUCCCCGCCCCCUAGUUGUUAGAAAAACGAUAUACAAUAUAUACAUACAUAUGUAUGUAUGUAUAUGAUCGGCUCUGAUCUGAUUUGAUUUGAUAACAUCAUCAGCAUGAGGAGCAGCAUAUUGUUUUAGUGUUGUAAGUGUUGCAGAUAAAAAAAAAGAAACAAAAAAAAGUUUUUAAAAAAAGCGUUGAUUGUGAUUCAAAUAACGGCGUCAAACGGAACAGAUUGAAAACAGAACAGAACAGAAUAUAACAGAACAGAA